AUGCCAGCGGGAGUUAUUCCCAGAGACACAAAGAAGAAGGGUGUGGAAGACGUUGUUGAUUGGCUGAGAAGGAAUGGCCCACCAAGAGAUGAAGUUGAUGAACCCACCCUGAAGGCUCUGUCGAACAUGACAGGCGUUCCAAUGCCAAGGAAGAAAACACCAAAGGAAAAGCAGAGAGUUCUGGAAGACACAAUUGAUUGGUUGCGGAAGAAUGAACCAGAUCUUUCUGAAUUGGAUGAACCAACUCUUGAUGGUGUUUUGCAGAUUCCAGGUGCCCCCAAGACCCCAGGAAUCGUCCCAAGGGAAACAAAGAAGAAGGCAGUCGCAGAUACAAUUGACUGGCUGCGAAAGAAUGGUCCGCCUUCUGAAAUCCCUGAUGAACCAACAUUGGAGGCUCUGUCCAAUCUUGUAGGUGUAACACUUCCUCAAAAGAUUACACCAGAGGAAAAGAGGAAAUUUGUUGAAGAUUCAGUAGACUGGAUACGCAAGAAUGAGCCAGAAAUUUCUGAAAUGGAUGAACCCACUUUGGAAAAUCUCUUGAAGGUCCCGGGUGCACCAUUGCCCCCCGGUGCUUCGCCUCGACAGGUGAAAACAAGAGCUGCUGAGGAUGUCGUGGACUGGCUCCGGAAGAAUGGCCCCCCAAAGGAGGAACUUGAUGAGCCUGUUGUCGAAGCUCUUUCAAAUGUGACAGGGAUGCCGAUGCCAAAGCGGACAUCUCCGGAAGACAAGAAACAGGCAGUUGAAGACACAAUAGAUUGGUUGCGAUCCAAUGAACCAGACCUCUCCGAACUGGAUGGACCUACCCUUGAUAGUAUCAUGCAAGUCCCAGGUGCACCAAUGCCCCCAGGUGUUACUCCAAGAGAUGUCAAGAAGAAACAAGUUGAGGAUGUUGUGGAUUGGUUGCGGAAGAAUGGGCCUCCUUCAGAGCUGGAACAACCUGUUGCUGAUGCACUCUCUCAGCUUACAGGUGUACCCUUGCCUAACUUCACACCAGAGAAGACAAAGAAGUUUUCAGAGGAUGCUGUGGAUUGGUUAAGAAAGAACAAGCCCAAUCUUUCUGAACUUGACGAGCCUACACUUGAUACAUUGCUACAGGUUCCCGGUGCUCCUGUGCCACGAGGAGUGGUCCCCAGAGAAAAGAAGAAAAAGGCUGUUGGAGAUGUUAUUGACUGGUUGAGGCAGAAUGGACCACCUUCCGAAGAUCUAGAUACACCAAUUGUCGGGGCCCUGUCAAAUCUCACAGGUGUGCCCCUCCCAAAGAAGUUGUCUCCAGAGGAGAAGGGGAGGUUUGUGGAGGACACGGUAGAUUGGUUGCGGAAGAAUGAGCCCGAUCUAUCAAAACUGGAUGAACCUACAAUGGACAGCAUGCUAGAAUUACCUGGUGGUCCGGUGCCCUCACCUGUUCUACCCAAAGACGCCAAAGUGAAGGCAGCAGAAGAUGUUGUGGAUUGGCUGAGGAAGAACGGGCCACCCUCUGACGAUGUGGAUGAACCCAUCAUUGAAGCUCUUUCCGACCUGACAGGUGUUCCACUACCAAAGAAGAAGACCCCCAAGGACAAGAAGAGAAAGAACAAACCUGAUGUUGCCGAAAUGGAUGAGCCCCAUCUUGACAGUCUGAUGCAUGUACCAGGUGCACCGUUGCCCCCUGGAGUAGUGCCGAGAAACAAAGAAGAAGGGUGUGCUGAUGUGGUUGACUGGCUCAGGAAGAAUGGUCCACCUCGUGAGGAGUGGACGAGCCUGUGUUGCAAGGGCUGUCCAAUGUAA